UGCAGUUCGAGUUUGCAGUUCAAGAUACUCUGGUACUCAGAUACUCAGAUGCUCAGAUACUCUGUGUACGUUCGUCGGCGGUUUUUUUGAAUCGAGAUCCAGUCGGAGAUAUAAAAUACAUCAAGUUAUACGUGUAUAUGUGUGCAGCAUCCCUGGCGGUUCGGUGAUAAAAGUGAAAUUUUUAGUGCAAAAGAAGUUGCCAAAAUCACAAUCAGAUUUUUUGUUUCGUUUUUGUUCGAGUGCCGAGUGUUUAGUUAACCAAUCUCAAGCGAAAUUCAAAGGAAUUUCAGGUAGCCAGCGGGUUUGACCUGAUCUCGCCGGUGAUCAGAUCCAGAUCAAUCGCCGGAGAGGAGUUCGACCUUCAGCGAGUAGGAGGAGGCUGAUCUAUGCUGUCUAUCAUGUUCCCGAGAAAUCAUCUACCAGCAAUGGCUCUCCAACGGCGAUCGGCGUCUCUGGGUCUGCUCACCCUGGUACUGGCCUCCUGGCUGGCGGCAUCCACAGCACAGGCCCUGGUGAGAUCGGGCAGGUCGCCACUGCCCGCCCAGCCGGCGGAUCACCUGGUGCCGCCACCACUGCCCGUUCCCCAGAGACUUUCGCACGCCGGAGCGGGUUCUCCAGCGGCUCCACCAACCUCUGCUCCCGUUCCCGUUUCCGCUUCCGCUUCCGUUCCCGAAGCCGGCUUCAUGACCCGCGUGGCCAGGUGGUUCGGCCUGGGCGGCGGCGGCCCGUCGUCCAAGGAUCAGCAGCUGAGUGCCACCAACUCGCUGAGCUAUGCCUAUCCGAAGCCAGUCUCCGGCUUCGAUGCGGGUGGCAAGCCGUGCAGCCUGUGCAACAAGUAUCCCUGGGUGCCCAUGGUGGGCCAGCAGCAGCAACAGCAACCAAAUCCCCAGCAGCUGAACAACCAGCUGCAACAGCAUCAUCAUCAGGCGCAGCAGCUGCAAGUGCAGCAGCAACAACUGCAGCACAUCCCGCAGCAGCAGCAACAACUGCAGCACAUCCCGCAGCAGCAGCAACAGCUGCAGCACACUCCGCAGCAGCAACUGCAGCAUAUCCCGCAGCAGCAGCAGCAACAACUGCAGCAUAUUCCGCAGCAGCAGCAGCAACCUGUUCCGCAGCAGCACGCAACGUGGCAGCUGCAGCAGCCAGUGGCGCAGGCCUCGCAGCAACGCCAGCGGGCGGUGCAAUUCCGUCCCAGCUCCGGACAGAGUGUCUUCCUGCCCCUGGCGGUGCCACUGCCUCCGCUGUACAAUGCCCAGCCAUUCCGGCCGGUGGUGCCCUCGCUGGUCAAGGAGAACGCAGUGGCUCAGUCGGAAGUGCGACCUGUGCCGGUUUCCCUGCCCCUGCCCACUCCCGCUCCGCCAGCCAGCACCUCCAGCUUUGAGAUUGUGCAGAGCCACCAGGUGACGGACUUUGUGACCUCCGUGGAAUACCCGGCCACGUUCGUGCAGUCGCAUGCCAUCGAUCUCGGCUCGAGCGGCUCUGCGGCCAGCCAAAGACCCAGCCAGGAGGUGGCGCAGGAGCAGGAACUGCAGGCGGAUAUCAGUACGGUGCGCUAUCAGCUGGAGGAUCUGAGCAGUGGUCAGGUGCAUCAGCACCUGCCGGCCUCGCAGUUGCUCACCGAGAUCGGGCAUUUUGCCGAGACCACCACGCAGCCACCGCCGGCGGAUAACUAUCCAGCGGCCUCGUCGCAACAGCAACUGCAGCAGGAGCAGGAACAGGAGCAGGAACAGGAACAGGAACAGGAGCAGGAGCAAUCCUUCUACUAUGCGGAGCAGUUUCCGGAUGAAACCAGCACACUGUUGUAUAGCACCACCACGGAGUUGCCCACCACAACAGCUCCACCAGCGCCACCACCGGCGCCGGUUAUUGAGCUGAACAACCACCUGGCUGCAGUGCAUCACUCGCACCGCCAGGGCAUCGGAAGGGGCAGGGAAACGCCCAAGCGUCUGCUGGACUCGCCCAUCAACCACGCCCCCUUGGCGGGAGCCGGAGGACGGCCCUUCACCCGCGAUCCCGCCGAUCUCAGUUUCCGGGUGAGCCAGGUGUACACGCCCACGCAGCCACCAACGCCCACAUCCACGUACGGCGCCAUCGAUGCCAGUGGACAGUUUGCGGGCAUGGCGCCGCCGAGUCCGCAGCAGGUGAUCAUACCCUACACCACCAAGCAGCGGCCACGCCCCUUCGAGAGCUGGACGCCCCUGAAGCAGCAGCCUCCGCAUCAACUGCACCACCAGCCGAAUCACCAGCACAAUCUGCACAAUUACCAGAAUCACCAGAACCACCAGAACCACCAAAGCAACGACCUCGAGGAGGAGCCCCACGAGCAGCAGGAGUCCAAGCUGGCCACCGCCACAGUGACGGCACCACCCAAUUCGCGUCGCACCACCAAGUACCUGACCAAGAUCCUGGCCACCAAUCUGCGGGAGUUGCUCAAGCGGGAGCGGGAGACGAAGCGGCUGCCUGGCCAGGGACUGGGUGUGGACAUCUCGCGGCUGCAGAAGAACAUCGAUGGCUGGACGGAGCAGGAGUACAACUCGCUCUCGCACCGACCCAGCACACCCACGAUUCGCGGGAGAUCCAAGCACAUACCGUCCGAGUACCUGACCACCACCACCACAACUCCGGCGCCGGUAUCGCAGCGCCAGUCGAAAACCACUCGGGGCGAGGGCUUCGAGCUGGGCGGCGCUCCACCCACCGAUGCCGGGGAUCUGUCCACAUCCAUCAACAAUCUGGAGCAACUGCACCUGCUGGGCGAACGGGGAUCGAAGGGCUUCCAGCCCAUCGAGGACAACCGCCUUCACUUCGACUACUACGAUGCCCAUCAGCGACCGAGAUUCACGUCGGCCAUGACCACCCUCAGUCCGCCCAGCACCACCGCCACCCCCACCACUGCCCCACCCACCACAACGACAACGGUGGUGACACCACUCUAUGUGCGCAGCACUACGGCGCCCAAGGAGCUGUGGAAACAGGCCCAGGUGGCCAUCCUGCCGCAGACCAACGAGAAGGUGUACGUGGUCACGCCACAGCCACGGCAUCAGGAGCACCACCCGGCGGAGCAUCGGGAUCGCCAUGUGGCCUCCGCCUCGGCGCCAAGGCCCGUGUACCAAACGCCAGCGCCGCGGUUUCCACGGAUGCGACCAACUCCAGGCGAAGUGAAGUCGGCCACGCCCACCAGCUCGUCGCAGCUGCGCAACUAUACGCCGGACAUCUUCGGGCUGAUGGGACUGUCCGCCUAUGUGCCCGCGGAGCCCGUGGAGAUCAUCGACGGAAACUCCAAAGUCAACACGAUAGUGACAGCAGCGCCGACGGCGGCGGCACUUCAGCGACCCUCAGCGAGGCCCACGAUGUCGCCCUCGCCCAGAUAGACCAAGGUCGGACUGAGGUCAAGGCGCCCGGAGCCGCACAGCCCCCAACCCCAUCCUGUUGUAAUAUAUUUCACCCCAGCCGCCCCUCCAGGCCCUCCGCCCCCCGAUCGCAGAGAGGAGCGAGGAUCGAAGCAAAGUCCUUGGAAGUGCGGCGAUGAGAGGAGGUCCCGCAUCAAAGUUAGAGUAUUUUCGCAUUUGGUAGCUUUAUGAACGCACGAGGAGGAGGAUCCGAGAACCAAAGGAGUGGAGCUGCCCGUAGUAUAAUAUAUAUUCGAAAAAGGAUUUGUAUUCACAAUUCUCUUUUUCCAUUGCCUUUUUUUUUGUGUAUUAGUAACCGCUGUAUUUUUUUGCUCUGGCUCUUCCGUCGCUAGUUGUAGUUCUAUGUAUAAAUACCUAUUAUAUCUAUUUCAAUCUAUCCGAAGAGUGGGUUGUCAGGCGGUUGACAACGUUG